AAUCCGCGUUAACCUCACGGAGCCAGAUGCUAUAUAUACGCCUUGCACUGCCUGUCUGCCGCGAUUUACCCUCUCUGCAACCCUGCCUUUGGAAACGCGAGCCAAGCAAUUCCCAGUGCUGGCAUUGACAGUACCAUAUUCGUUUUUGAACUGAAAACAUGGGAAAGAGGAAAUCCAGGGCCAAGCCACCACCGAAGAAGCGAAUGGACAAACUUGACACUGUGUUCAGUUGUCCCUUUUGUAACCAUGGUACAAGUGUAGAGUGCCGCAUAGAUUUGAAGAAUUUGGUUGGCGAGGCAUCUUGCCGUAUUUGUCAGGAGAACUUUAGCACCUCUGUAACAGCUCUGACUGAGGCCAUAGACAUAUACAGCGAAUGGAUCGACGAGUGCGAGCGCGUCAAUAACCAGGAAGAGGACGACGAUGAGGCGUAGAGAUGGACAAUGUUUAAUGGAGUCUCCCUAUCUUACGUAUGUUUAAUCAAGUCUCCCUAUCUUACAUAUUUUAAAUGAACACUAGUACUGCUACUACAGUAUUGCUGCAUCGAAGUUACCUGUGUGAUGGCAGAGGUUGAUGUAAAAAAUACACCUUUUCCUGCCUAGCUUUUACUUGUGUUUUCCCUAAGCUGAGGUUGAUGCAUAAUGAACUGUGUAAUCCUUUGCCUUU